AUGCGUUUUCUUUUUAACGCAGCUGUUUUUAUUCUCGCAUGCAAUGCACGGAAAAUUGGCUGCUGUCAUUUUCUUUUUCUUCAUUCUCUCUCUCUCAUUUCUACUUCCGAAGUUCUCUAUUUAAACGUGUGUAGCACAGAUGAUGUGUCCCUUUUAUGUGGUUCUUUGCUCGUUCGCACGCUCUUUCUUUCCUGCUGCGGAAUCGUUCAGGAACAAAAGGCGGUAUUUUCAACACGAUAUGAACGCUUUUCGAAGAGUACUCUUUUUUGUUUCUUUACAUUUUUUUUUCCUUUCAGCGACAUAUGUGUAAGCAGAAUGCUUCUGACAGGAGUAUUCUUCGUCGUGGAAGCGCGAUAUAUGUAG